GUUCGCCGAAGAUGGAGCAAACUUUAGUUUGAGUACUAGCUAUCCGACAAUAACUGGUCUCACGCUGCAAGAGGAAUAUGACUUGGUUACGUCUUGGGGUCUUACAGAAGCUCACUUGGUACGCUCGAUAAUUCAGAACAAGGAACUAAAAGAAGAUCAUCUACUGACAGGACAAAGGCAUCAGGAGGAGCGACCUUCUAUACAAUCAAAUGCAUCUUCGAAAAGGAAAAGUUCACAAGGACA